CGCCCCGCCCCGCGGGCCUGAUCAAGAUGGCAGAGAAGCCCAAGCGCCCGCAUCUGGGAUUGGCCCAGUACCCCCUGCUGCUCACGCUGGAGCCUGAGGGGCAUGGCCUGGGCGGGCAGGUCCUGGAGUUGGCUGGCCCAGAGGAGGUCCACGUCCACCAGAGAGACGGCAUCCUGAUCUGCGACGACUUCCUGCUGGGGCAGUGUCUGGAGGGGGAGCGCUGCCUGCGCCACCACACCCCCAACCCCUUCCACUGGCAGAUGCGGCGCAAGGCAGACGGGGUGUGGCUGAGCGUUGGCACGUUGGCCCAACAGCACCUGGAGAACCUCUACUGCAGCACCAGCCGCCACGACGUGCAGCUCGUCGACAAGGCCGGCUCAUCCUGGACCCUCAACCUGAACUCCAUGGACCUGAAGCCCAGCCAGCUCUAUGACCGCGUCCGGCGCCUCUCCAACAGCAGCGACCCCAGCCGCAACCCCUACUUCCCCAUGGAGUGGCAGGUGUACUGGGAGGAGUGCGGCGAGUGGCUCGCGUACGAGGAGCCGGUGCGGUGGGAGCUGCUGGCGGCCUUCGAGAAGGGCAUGUGGAACCACGCCUUCAACCUGCGUGGCCAACUGUACAACGUGGACCUGAAAACACUGACCCAGCGCAAUGUGCAUACGGGCUUCACCCGGCGCAUCCUGCACUGCCCAGUCUUCCGCCCACCCUGGCGCCUGGCGCCCCACCUGCGGACAGGACCGGGCGCCACCCUCUCUUCCCCCGGCACCGUCCCUGGGGAGGACCCCCAAGACACCUACUGUGGCCCAUACCCUGCGUCCUGGGUCCCCGAGGCCCCAGUGGGCACCACGUACACGCUGGCAGAAGUGGCGCCAGCAGAGCGGGCCUAUGAGACCACAUGCACGCUGUUCCACAAAAGCCUGGCAGAGGACAAGGCGCUAGUGCUGGCCGUCUACCGGGUCCGGAACGACUACCUGUGGCAGAAAUACUGUGGGCAGAAAAAGUUCAUGGCCCAGAGCCGUCCCCGUGCGGCGCGGCGCUGCCUGGAAAGACACCUCUUCCACGGCACCAGGGCCAGCAAAGUGCAGCCCAUCUGCGAGAUGAACUUUGACCCACGGGUGUCAGGGGAGAACGGCGAGGCUUACGGGCAGGGCAGCUACUUCGCGGUCGACGCCUCCUACUCCCACACUUACGCCAAGGUGGACGAGGCCAGCCUGUGCCACAUGUUCCUGGUCAAGGUGCUGGUGGGGCGCUCGGUGCGGGGCAAUCCCGUGUUCCGGCGCCCCCCACUGGCACACGACGGCCGCCUCUACGACUCCUGCACGGACCAGGCUAAGAAGCCGCAGAUCUUCGUCAUCUUUGACAGCUGCCAGUGCUACCCCUACUUCCUGAUCCGCUACAAGCUGCUCUCCGAGCCCGUGGCCGUGGACUCAUGACGGGGGAGCGCUGGGGGUCAGAGCUGGCGAUUGGCUCCAGAGGCCUGAUGCAGACCUGCCAUCAGAUCCUGCUGCCCAGAAAGGCUCGGCCUGCGCCCCCCGCGCCAGAGAGGGGGAGAAGGUUGCUGAAGAGCCAUCGUCCAAGGUCACUCCUGUCCUGCACCCCCCCCAGGCCCUGCCGACUCCCCAAAUCCCUGUGCCCCAUGGCCACCGGGGUCCUUCCCAGCCAGGUCUGUUCUUGCCAGCUCCAGAGAAAGGGGAGAUUUACCCUGAUCCAGCAUGGGGCUCCCGGCACUGCACUGCCCUCAGUCUGGAACCGAGGGGUUGUGUGAUGAUGUGGGGGAUCUGUCACAGACUCCAGGCGUCAGCCGCCCACUGCCCCCUGUCACUGCUGGGCUGAGGAGCUCCAAUCCAUGGGCUGGUGUCAGUCUGGUACCUCCUGUGAAGCUGGCCCAGCCCCCACCCUCCCAGCCAGCUCCCCCCACAAGCUGGGGCAGCAGCCAUGCCUCUGCUAGAUUCCUGGGGGAAGUAAGUGCCGCUUCCAGGCUCAUCUCUGGGGUCCUCUGCUAUCAGGGGGAUGGGCCCAGGGCCAAGCUGUCCCCCUACCCCCAGGCCCAGGCAGCUGGGGUGUUGCUGCUUCCUGCCUAAGCCCUGCAGCAAAGCCCGCCCCCAUCCCCACGGUCCAGAUCAUCCCCCCCCCCCCCUCCCCCGAGCGACAGGUGCUGGUCCCCUGGUCCUGGUGUGUCGAUGGGAGGGGAGGAUUCAGGGCUGCAUCACUGGGGGCAGGAGGAACAGCAUAGCUGGGGGGAGCCCCUUUCCCAGCACCACCUCCAUCUCCUGAGCAUCAGUCAGGGGGGUUGCCAGAGGGGCACGGGGGGUCCUGGGUGAGGGUGAUGGGCCCAGAGGAGGAAGUGGGGAGCUGGAGGUUUGACAGCAGCUGCCCCAGGUUGGGUGACUGGAGCUGCCGGGGUCUGGAGCCUGGCUCGCCCACAGAGAGACUGGCCACAGCCCCCAAACCCUGCAAUCAGCGCGAAGCAGGCCCCCCUCCCCAGCUGGCAGCCUUGGGGGGUGUGGGGGUGAACAGCCCCAGAGACUGAGCCCUGCGGGGCGGGGGGGCCCCUCAGGUGGCAGCUCUGCCCCCCUGUUACCAGCUUCGGGGUAGGCUCAUUUAUUAGGGUUACUCUUCUGGGGGUGGGGUUCUGUACUUCCAUCAAUGUCCUGCUUGUGUCACUUGUGUUCUCACACAGAACUUCUCUCUGCUGCACGUUCCCUCCCCAUGGAGCUAUUCUGCAGGACCUAGAUUCUUCCAGCCCCAGAAUCAGAUGAACACACACACACAUGAACAGAGAACAUCUGAGAGGACUGGGUCAGUCAGCACUCCCAAGCUGACUCCUUGUAUGUCCCUAGACUCAGUAGGCUGGCUCGAGCAGCGCUCCCAAGCUGGCACCCUCAUACGCCCUUGGACUCAACAGGUUGGGUCAAACAGCACCUCCAAGCUGUCACCCUCGUAUGCCAUGGGCACUGCACCGGACUAGAGUACGCCUGAGCAGGCGGGGCUGAGCCGCACUUUCAAUCUGCAACCCUCAUAUGGCAGGUUUUUUGGCAGGUUUUCAGACACAUUAUUAAGGGCACAAGAGCAAACUAUCCCACUGCGUAGGAAAGCUAGGAAGUCUGGCAAGAGACCACCCUGGAGUAACCAAGAGAUCUUCAAAUGAUCUCAAACUCAAAAAAGUGGAAACUCGGUCAAAUUACAAAGGAUGAAUAUAAACAAAUAUCACAAGUAUGUAGGGACAAAAUUAGAAAAGCCAAGGCACAAAAUGAGAUCAAACUAGCUAGUGACAUAAAAGGAAACAAGAAAACAUUCUACAAAUGCAUUAGAAGCAAGAGGAAGACCAAGGACAGAGGAGGUCCAUCACUCAGUGAGAGGGGAAAGACAAUAACAGAAAAUGUGGAAAUGGCAGAGGUGCUUCUUUUUUUCGGUUUUCACCAAGAAGGUUGGUGGCGAUUGGACGUCUAACAUAGAGACUGAUCCUACCUCAUUU